UUCAAAUGCACUUAUCCAAGCAAAGUGACUGUAUAGCAAAGUUUCACUCCCAAAGAAUCAAUCUUUAUGGUCGAUACCACCCACUUGUCUCUAAACUUAGUCUUUCAAACAACAUACAUAUAUACCCUUAUUUGUAUACAUAUAUAAAUAUAUAAAUAUUUGUAUAGAAAGGUACUCUUCCUUAGUGUUGGUUCUAAUUUCAUUAAGUGAUCAUUUCAUUUGUGGGUUUUGAAAGAGUUCUCCAAAUUACUUAAUUGGAGUUUUGGCAUUGUUGGGACUUGUAAGGAAAUCAUCAUGAUGAGAAGAAACAAUUAUCAGUGUCUAAGGACUUGUAAUAUUCUAUUUCUCUAUUUCAUAGUGGUAGCCAUUUCCUUCUCUCAUUGUGCAGAAGGUAGGAAAUCAGUAGUGAGAAAACUAAUAACGAAUAAAGUUCCAAUUACACAUCAAAAGAGUUUGUUCCUAAUGACUGCAGCAAAACUAAAUUUAGUAAAAUACUUAAACAAUGAUUCACCGUCAGAUCCCACCAACUCAGGAUCCUACGGUGUGAGUUCACCCUUCACUUUACCACCUUAUGAUUCAUUACCACCAGUUUCUUUACCUGAAAAUUCUCCUCCAUUUUGUGUAAAUCCUCCCAAUACUCCAAUUGGCUCCACACCCACUUCACCAUCUCCACCUUUUUAUUUCCCACCAGCACCACCAGCAGGAGGAGGAGGAGGAGAAAACCCAAGCCCAAUAGGUGAAGUGCCUAGCCCAUUGGGCUUAACUCCACCACAAAUCCUACCAAGCCCAAAUGAACCCAUUCUAAGCCCACCAUAUGUUGAGCCCAGCCCAAUAGGUGGUGAUGUCCCUAGCCCAGUAAGCUUAACUCCACCACAAAUUCUACCAAGCCCAAAUGAACCAAUUCUGAGCCCACCAUAUGUGGAGCCCAGCCCACCAGGGUUUGCUACUCCAAACCCAAACCCACCUUCAACUACAGUCCCAUCUCCAUUUGGGUUUUCUCCAGGCCCACCAGUGUUUCUGCCUCCUAUUGUGUACCCUCCACCAAUUGGUCGACCACCUAGGAACACAGCCCCAAGUGUAGCCUUAUGGUGCGUGGCUAAGCCUUCUGUGCCUGACCCAAUCAUUCAAGAAGCAAUGAACUAUGCUUGUGGCUCAGGAGCUGAUUGCGAUUCCAUUCAGCCAAGUGGCUCAUGCUUUCAACCCGAUUCAUUGAUUGCCCAUGCUUCCUAUGCUUUCAAUAGUUAUUGGCAAAGAUCCAAAGCUGCUGGUGGCACCUGCGACUUUGGAGGCACUGGCAUGUUAAUCACUGUUGAUCCAAGCUAUGAUGGGUGCCACUUUGUCUACUUUUGAAGAUCAACAUGAGAAAAUACACCAAAUGGCAAUCCAGUUUCUUGUUCUGUUUGUAUUCAAUUCAAGAUACAAAAAUUUCUUUUGGUUAGAAGGAAACUAAACAUUAAUUUUUGUAAGUAAAAUGCAAAGUUGAUCAGGAGUUUCUCUUAUUCUCAUACAAUUUUUUAGCAUUUAUAAAAAUAGAUGUUAGAAAAGUUUUUUUUUUUUUUUUCCUUUUAAAAAAAGAAUCGACCUACCUCUCUCUGUGCAUUAUACACCUGUAUUUGUAAUGUAUAUGCAUAUAAUAAUAAAUAAAUCUGCUUUGCAUAAUUA